AUGGAAUUUAUGGUACAACUCAACUCGCUCACUACAACCUACGAAGAUACCUAUAUUUUUCGAGUUUCUUUCCUGAAUUGAAGGUUUUGUGCGGAAGGAAGCCGUCCGAGCCCUAGCGUAACCCCGUUGGGUGUGUGCUCGGAAUUCAGGAUUUGAUCCUGGGAAGCCAUAUAUAGGUCCCCCUCUCCGAUCGAACGCGAACGCGAGGGGAGAUCUAUGUCCGUGUAUCCGUUUCGUCACCAUGGUUCAGGCCAAGCACCACAAGAAAACCAAGCCCAGGAAGCAGCACGACGGCUGUCUCCUUACACAGGUGAAGCAGCACGGAAAACUGGAUGCUGUAGCAGAAUUUCGUUCUCAGCUUGAUGUCUUGGGCUUAAAAAUAAUUCAAGUGACAGCAGAUGGCAAUUGCUUCUUUAGGGCUCUGGCUGAUCAGCUGGAAGGCAAUGAAGAGGAACACAAAAAGUAUCGUGAUAUGGUGGUACAAUAUAUUUUGAAUCACCGUGAGGAUUUUGAACCAUUUAUUGAGGAUGAUGUUCCGUUUGAUGAAUAUUGUCAGUCCAUGGAAAAGGAUGGUACAUGGGCAGGCCAUAUGGAACUACAAGCAGCUUCUCUUGUUACUAGAAGAAAUAUCUGUAUUCAUCGACUUAGGUCUCCUCGCUGGUAUAUAAAUAACUUCAGCAGUCAUGGGGCUAGUAUGAUUCAUUUGUGCUAUCACGAUGGUGAACACUACAAUAGUGUUCGGUUGAAGGAAGAUUCUUGUGAAGGACCUGCUAAGCCAAUCAUUAUUGAGGUGGAUGCUAACUUCCCUAUAAUGGACCAUAACAAAAAGUUAACAGUUAAUGAAUCAAAAGGGUCCUCUCGUAAGCGGACUUUUGAUGCUCGAUCAAUUAAAAUGGUUAUGGCUGGAACAGGAUGUCAGGAUGUUGAUAAAGUUGAACAGGUUUUACAAGAAGUAGAUGGUGAUGUUGAUGCUGCAGUUGAAUUUUUGAUAGCAGAUCAGGACUCAGAUGAUAAUGUACAUGCCUCUGAAGACAAUGUCUAUCAUGAUUGUCCAGGAGAUGAUCAAAAUGAAAUCUGUGGACGACCAGAGACUGCAUCAAUGAAUACCAAAUGUGAAGCUGGUGUAGCCAGAAGCAACCCUCAACCAGUUCAAAGCCAUAGCAUUCAGCAUGAGGAUAAGAAAAUACCAAGAAAUAAAGAGUGCCCUUGUGGAUCAAAAAAGAAGUACAAGGCUUGUUGUGGUUCAGCCAAGGGGAAAUCCUCUGCAUCACUUGUAAUCAAUGACAAAUCUGCUGCCAGUAAAGGCCGGAAGGAAACAAAGCGCAGCAGGAAAAGAGAAAGCAUAAAAGAGGUACCAGGCAACGGAUCUAGACCUCUACCAGAUAUGGGAGCUCUUUGCAUUUGAUCUUGUGGUAUGUCAUAAAAAGAUGCGCUGAAGCAUGAGCACACAUUUACAAUCUACAUUUGCACUUCUGAAUGAUGUUAUUGUUUGAUAAUUCUACACCUGAUCUCUGGCAUCAUAAUUUGGUGGGAAGAGAAAGGUCAGCUGAUUCGGUGGUGGGAUGAGGUUUCAUGUUGAACCUUCAAACACGUCACUCAGAGCAGUAUAGUACCCCAGGAGCAAAAGAGAGACAAUUAUUAGUAUCUCCCGAGGAAAUGAAAUUCUUUCUGAUGGCAUGGUUUCAGUGAGUAUUUUUGUAUGAGCUAUUCAUCAACAGCUGAUAUUUUGGUUUAGUAAUGCGCAGUUCAAUUAAGACUUUGGUUGGGUGAUUUGGCAUUGAAAUUUUUAGCGCGAAUAUUCCAGCAGUAAUUAUGGACCGCGUUGUUGUAACCAUCUCCAAGGUUUUCCUUGGGGAAUUGCUUAUGCAUCCUUAGCUGUAUAAGCUUUGUGCUUGGAUCAGAUGUAACAUAAUUGUCAGUUAUGGUGUUUGAUUAACAAAGUAGAUGAUGCCGGUUUGGAGCAUGCUACAAUGUACUUCAAUAUUUAGAUGCUCUGAGUAAUGGAGGAUGCAGGAUUUGUGAUUUAUAGGUUUUGAUGUGAUGAAAGAAUACAUGGUUUUUGUUACAGAUGUGGACAUGUGGUAACAUGUGACAGUAAAUGCGUGUAUUUAAUAGAUAUAUUUCCAGGUA